AUGCAUCUGAUAAAUGUGGUGGCGCUGGUUCAAGUGGCGAUCAGGAAUGGCGGCGGCCUUAAUAGUGGAUUAUUGGGAGCAGAAAUCGAAUUUGGAACGGUUUGGUGGUUUGUCUAUGCAGGGAUCUCAUGUUUUUUAGUGUUGUUCGCCGGAAUUAUGUCGGGAUUGACUUUGGGUCUCAUGUCCUUGGGCCUCGUCGAACUAGAGAUCCUCCAGCGUAGCGGUACACCCUCGGAGAAAAAACAGGCCGCCAAAAUACUUCCAGUGGUUCAGAAGCAGCACCAGCUUCUCGUGACAUUGCUUUUAUGUAAUGCUGCAUCAAUGGAGGCUCUUCCAAUAUACCUUGAUAAGCUUUUCAAUCAAUAUGUUGCAAUUAUACUAUCUGUGACUUUUGUUCUAGCAUUUGGGGAGGUUAUUCCUCAAGCAAUAUGUACUAGAUAUGGACUUGCUGUAGGUGCAAAUUUUGUUUGGCUGGUCCGCAUUCUAAUGAUCAUUUGUUAUCCAAUUGCUUAUCCUAUUGGGAAGAUUCUAGACUGGGUACUGGGACACAAUGAGGCUCUGUUUAGACGAGCCCAGCUGAAGGCUCUUGUCUCUAUCCAUGGCCAGGAGGCUGGUAAAGGAGGCGAGCUCACGCAUGAUGAGACAACAAUUAUUAGUGGAGCACUAGAUUUGACUGAGAAGACCGCUGAGGAGGCCAUGACCCCAAUUGAAUCAACUUUUUCCUUGGAUGUCAAUUCAAAGUUGGACUGGGAGGCAAUGGGAAAGAUUCUGGCUAGGGGUCAUAGUCGAGUUCCUGUCUAUUCUGGCAACCCUAAGAAUAUUAUUGGGCUUUUACUGGUAAAGAGUCUUCUUACUGUGAGAGCAGAAACAGAGACCCCAGUGAGUGCUGUUUCUAUACGGAGAAUUCCACGUGUUCCUGCAGAUAUGCCGCUCCCUAACUACUCCAUUGCUAUCGAAGCAAGAAGAGAAGUUACUAAGGGAUUGGCCCUUUCAUCAGAUGACACUGAAGAUGGUGAAGUUAUUGGCAUUAUUACCUUGGAAGACGUAUUUGAAGAACUUUUGCAGGAAGAAAUUGUUGAUGAGACAGACGAAUUUGUCGAUGUACACAAAAGGAUACGUGUGGCAGCAGCUGCAGCUGCUUCAUCAAUUGCACGUGCCCCAUCAAGUCGGAGGUUAACUGGCCAUAAAGCUGGAGGCCAAAUUAAGCAAGGGCAGACCCCCAAGAAGUCAGGUGAGGAUGACUCGACCUCUGCAAGAUUGCAAAGGAAUCUUGGUGAACCACUUCCUGGUAACAAAAGAUAA